AGCUGGACUCACCUCGAAGUGGCAAACAAGUCUGAUAUCAUUGAGACAUCUUUCAGCAAACGGAGCACCUUUUUUCCUUAGGGGGUUAAGUGUAAAUAUUUUGGGAGGGGUCCGAUAUCUGAGACAUUUAUACAUUAAUUAGUUUUGACAAAUUAUCGUCGGUGACACCCGUCUUCUAUACUAGACUAUAACUACGAGUCAACCUGUUUUGUUGUAACUUCAGAAACAUCUGAAUUUCCUAGAGCGGGAAAAUAGUAGGUAAGUAAUCUUUUAGACACAGCCUGUAUUACACCUUACUCAAUAUCUUAGCCGAUACCUCUGCCAUUCAGUCUGUAGGUCCUCCGCGUGAAAUGUUACCAUGCCCACCUGCGCUCAUUACGACUAAUUAAACCCUUAAUAAUAACUUGUCAUAAUUACAAAUUAUAGUUCAAACCAUGGUAUCAUUUCUGGAAGGGCACAGUUGUGGGGCACUUGUGUUUCAAAAUGCGGAUAUGGGUGGUAUUGAUAUGUAUUGUGGGGGUAAGAGGAGAGGAUUUUCCUUCGUUGAUAACAGCAAAUGCUUCUAUUGGGUUCAUAGCAGUCUUCAGCAUAGCGUCAUGUCAAGACACCUGGUCUCUCUUCUCCCGGACAGAAGAAGAAGAAUUGCUGUUAUUCGCGCUGACAGAGGUCGACUGUCCACGUUUGCCACCAGACUCCGCAAUAACCGUCACGUAUACAGAUCCAGGCCAGGAAUUGCCUCAGCUGUUGCUCGAUUUGAGGACCACAAGAGCUUUUAACUGGAAGUCCGCUGUGAUCUUGCAUGAUGAGACUUUGAAUCGGGAUAUGGUAUCCCGAGUGGUGCAGUCACUCACAUCUCAGAUUGACGACGAAGACGUCCCGACCAUAUCCGUCACAGUCUUCAAGAUGAAAUACGAGAUCAACGAAUACCUGAGACGAAAAGAGAUGCACAGAGUCUUGUCGAAGUUGCCUGUGAAACAUAUAGGUGAAAAUUUUAUAGCAAUAGUGACUUCCGACGUGAUGUCAACGAUGGCGGAAACUGCCCGAGACCUGUUGAUGUCGAACACUCAAGCGCAGUGGCUCUACGUAAUCUCAGACACCAGCAUCCGUAAUUCCAAUCUGUCCGGCCUAGUCAACGAGCUGUACGAGGGCGAGAACAUCGCUUAUAUAUACAACAUCACUGAUGACAGAGAAAAUUGCAAGAACGGGCUAAUGUGCUUUUCCGAAGAGAUGAUGAACGCGUUCAUCUCAGCUCUGGACUCGGCCGUUCAGGAGGAGUUUGACGUGGCAGCUCAGGUGUCUGACGAGGAGUGGGAAGCCAUCAGACCCACGAAGAUGCAGAGGAGGGAUACACUGUUGAAGCACAUGCAGCAACAUAUAGCGGUGAACAGUGCAUGCGGCAACUGCUCCACUUGGCAAGCCAUGGCGGCCGACACCUGGGGCUCUACAUACCGCGGCUACGCGCAGGACAACACGGCUGCUCCUGAUAACGACACGAGCGGGGCUAUACAGAAGAUAGAACUAUUGCAGGUAGCAUACUGGCGUCCCAGCGACGGCCUACGAUUCACAGACUUCCUGUUCCCUCACAUCGUCCACGGCUUCAGAGGAAAAGUGCUGCCGAUCAUAACAUACAACAAUCCACCAUGGACAAUUUUGAAGGCCAAUGAAUCAGGCUCAAUAUCCAGCUACAGUGGUCUCAUAUUCGACAUCGUCGAUCAACUGGCUAAGAACAAGAAUUUUACAAUGAAACUUAUAUUUCCUGGGGAUUUGAAGGACGUUUUAUCUAACAAAACUGUGACUAAUGAAAUGUAUAGCCAAAGUGCCAAGUUGACCAUAAUGGCCGUAGCAAGACAGCAAGCAGCAUUCGCCGCUGCUGCCUUUACAGUCUUGUCUGAUAGGAACCCUGGUAUAAACUACACGAUUCCGGUGAGCACUCAGUCGUACGCAUUUAUUAUAGCGCGUCCACGGGAGCUCAGCAGAGCUAUGCUGUUCCUCCUGCCCUUCACUACUGACACUUGGCUGUGUCUCGGCUUCGCAGUUAUCUUAAUGGGGCCCACUUUGUACGUGGUGCACCGUCUCAGUCCCUACUACGAGGCCAUGGGCGUCACGAGGCAAGGAGGCUUGGCUACCAUUCACAACUGCCUGUGGUACAUCUAUGGUGCUCUCUUGCAACAAGGUGGUAUGUACCUUCCCCGGGCAGAUAGCGGUCGCCUUGUCGUCGGCACGUGGUGGUUGGUCGUCCUGGUGGUGGUUACCACUUACUCCGGCAAUCUGGUGGCGUUCCUCACUUUUCCUAAGCAGGAGGUGCCCGUGACCACCGUGUCGGAGCUGCUAGAGAAUCGAGCCCUUUAUACUUGGUCUAUUAGCAGAGGCAGCUACUUGGAAUUCGAGUUAAAGAACUCGGAUGAGCCAAAGUAUGUGUCGCUUUUGAAGGGCGCCGAACUCACUUCAGAUUCUUCUGGCCUCGAGGGUAAUCUUGCUUCAGGGUCGCCGCUACUGUCCCGUGUGCGUAAAGACAGACAUGUCAUUAUAGACUGGAAGCUGCGGCUCAGUUACCUGAUGCGGGCGGAGCAUCUUGUCACUGACAAAUGCGAUUUCGCUCUGAGUGCGGAAGAGUUCUUGGACGAGCAGGUGGCGAUGAUAGUUCCCGCUGGCAGCCCUUAUUUACCUGUUUUCAAUAAAGAGAUAAACCGUAUACAGAAAGCGGGGCUCAUCACCAAGUGGCUGUCAGCGUACCUGCCAAAACGAGACCGAUGCUGGAAAACCUCCUCCAUCAUGCAAGAAGUGGACAACCAUACUGUCAACCUUAGCGAUAUGCAGGGCUCAUUCUUCGUACUGUUUCUCGGGUUUUUCUCGGCAUCAUCUGUUUUGCUGAUGGAGUGGUUCUACCAUAGGAGGAAGAGUCAGAAGGAGGAUGACGCCAUUAAACCUUACGUGGAAUAACGUGAACUCGAAUUUAAGUAUUUUAAUUGACUGUUUCUGUAUAAAUGGAGAUUUUAAUGUGUAUUCAAAUAUAUUUAUUAAUAAAUGAAUGUG